GCGCGCCCUGCCCGGGGCCGCGCUGCGCCGCCCCUGCCGCCGGCUCCGCGUGGGUGGCGGCCGCGCACAGCGGAGCCUCCGCGCCCGCAGAGCGGCGGCGCCGUGCGGGGCCGUGCGGGGCCGUGCGGGGCCGGGACGAGCGCAGCUGAGCCGUGCCGAGCCCAGCCGUGCCGUGCCGAGCCCGAUCCGAGCCGUGCCGAUCCGAGCCGUGCCGAGCCGUGCCGAGCCGUGCGCGGUGCCGUGCCCGCGGUGCCGUGCCCGGCGGUGCGGGGCGGUGCGCGGAGCAUGUCGGCGCUGCGGCGCAAGCUGGGGGACGAGUACCAGGUGGUGAGCACCUCGGCCAGCGGCGGGGGGCUGCCGCCGCCCCGGGCGGCCCCGCGGGGGAAGCGGCAGCGCUUCGUGGACAAGAACGGGCGGUGCAACGUGCAGCACGGCAACCUGGGCGGCGAGACCAGCCGGUACCUGUCGGACCUCUUCACCACGCUGGUAGACCUCAAGUGGCGCUGGAACCUCUUCAUCUUCAUCCUCACCUACACCGUGGCCUGGCUCUUCAUGGCCUCCAUGUGGUGGGUGAUCGCCUACAUGCGGGGCGACCUCAACAAGGCGCACGACGACAGCUACACGCCCUGCGUGGCCAACGUCUACAACUUCCCCUCCGCCUUCCUCUUCUUCAUUGAGACCGAGGCCACCAUCGGCUACGGCUACCGCUACAUCACGGACAAGUGCCCCGAGGGCAUCAUCCUCUUCCUCUUCCAGUCCAUCCUGGGCUCCAUAGUGGACGCCUUCCUCAUCGGCUGCAUGUUCAUCAAGAUGUCCCAGCCCAAGAAGAGGGCCGAGACCCUGAUGUUCAGCGAGCACGCGGCCAUCUCCAUGCGGGAUGGCAAGCUCACCCUCAUGUUCCGGGUGGGCAACCUCCGCAACAGCCACAUGGUGUCCGCGCAGAUCCGCUGCAAGCUGCUCAAAUCCCGCCAGACCCCGGAGGGCGAGUUCCUGCCGCUCGACCAGCUGGAGCUGGACGUGGGCUUCAGCACGGGGGCCGACCAGCUGUUCCUCGUCUCGCCGCUCACCAUCUGCCACGUGAUAGAUGCCAAGAGCCCCUUCUACGACCUCUCGCAGCGGAGCAUGCAGACGGAGCAGUUUGAGAUCGUCGUCAUCCUGGAGGGCAUCGUGGAGACGACGGGGAUGACGUGCCAAGCCAGGACGUCCUACACCGAGGACGAGGUGCUCUGGGGUCAUCGCUUCUUCCCGGUCAUUUCCUUGGAAGAAGGCUUCUUCAAGGUCGAUUACUCCCAGUUCCACGCGACGUUCGAGGUCCCCACCCCACCGUACAGCGUGAAGGAGCAGGAGGAGAUGCUGCUCAUGUCCUCGCCCUUGAUAGCGCCCGCUGUCAGCAACAGCAAAGAAAGGAACAACUCAGUGGAGUGCCUGGAUGGCCUCGACGAAGUUGGCACAAAACUUCCUUCAAAACUGCAGAAAAUAACUGGAAGGGAAGACUUCCCCAAAAAACUCCUCAGGAUGAGCUCCACCACCUCCGAGAAGGCCUACAGCAUGGGGGAUUUACCCAUGAAACUGCAGCGGAUCAGCUCGGUCCCUGGGAAUUCGGAAGAGAAACUGGUGUCCAAAACCACAAAGAUGAUGUCGGAUCCCAUGAGCCAGUCCGUGGCCGAUUUGCCACCCAAACUCCAGAAACUGUCGGGCGGCGGCCGGAUGGAGGGGAACCUUCCUCCCAAACUGAGAAAAAUGAAUUCCGACCGCUUCACAUAGCCCGCCCGGGCACCUGGCUGGCUCGCAAAGCCCGGACUGCGGCGACAGGCACAGCGUGGGCAGGCCGGCCAGCCUCCACACCGCCUCCCGCGCUGGCUCCACGUGCCCCGGGGUGGUGGUGGCAGUGUUGGUGG